UUAACUUCAAUCGAACAUAUUUGGCAAUCGACGUGGAUAGUUGGACAUUCACUUCUUCUGCUUUCAAAUCUCUACCAAUAAAUAUUUGAACAACGAAAAGGAAUAAAAAAAAAUGAAUGAGCAAAAUAUUCCAAUUGACAUUCAUAUCGGGAAAUUGCUGGAAUGGUUGGUGAGUCGUCAUAUUGUUGCCAAGAAUUGGCAUACACGAAUUCCCGAAAUUCGAAAUAAAAUUGGCCAUGCCAUCAAUGAUAUGCCAAGUCAUGAGCAGCUAGUUAAACUAUUGUCAGGAACUCAUAUCCAUUACUUUCACUGUUUACAAAUUAUUGAAAUUUUAAAAACCACCGAAGCCGACACAAAAAGUGUUUUCGGCCGCUAUGGCAGCCAGCGUAUGAAGGAUUGGUUGGAAAUUGCUCGGCUCUAUGAACGUGAUAGCAUUUAUUUGGGUGAAGCGGCACAAAUUUUAGUACGUAAUGUAAACUUUGAAUUGCCUAGUGUAAAAAAGCAAAUUACGAAAUUCGAUCAAUUGAUUGAUGAAGCGUUGAAGAAAAUCCAAGAUCAAACUGCAACUGAAACCGUGCUGAAUGCACAACGAGCGGCUUUAUGCCAAAAAUUGGGCAUCAAAGGUGAAAAUUUGCGCGACGAAUUCGUCGAGAAAUUGAAAGAUCUGCCGAAAUUUUAUGAAGAAAUUGCGGUACUAGCGAGAGAAUUGAGCCAAGCCACCCAAAUAUAUGGGAAAGGAUCGAAGAAUGAGGAAUGUUUACCAGUUUUACGUCACAUCAUCGAGAAGGGUAACACAACCGCAUAUGAGUACAUACAUCACGAGGCACCAUUAUCAAUCGAAGAACCACCGGUUGAAAUCAAAUUGACCAUUGAUGUUAGCGGUGGUGCUGGCAACACGGCCAAUGAAAUUGAUUUCGGCGAGGGCGACGGUGGUGAGAUUGAUUUUGUAAAUGACAUCGAUUUUGGUGGAAUUGAAAGUGGCAGCGAGGUGACGCUGCAAACGGGUGAUAUCGAUUGGGGACUCGAUGAACCAAAUGCCGAAGAGAUUGAUUUUGACAUCUCGUUAAAGGACAGUGGCAUCACAAUCGAAAGCAGCGGCAUGGCAGGCGGAGUUGCUAGGAACAAUGAAGCACUCACCGUUCUCGAUAGCCCAAUUUACCGUGAACAAUUUCUAGACGAAUUAUUUGAGUUGGAGGCAUUCUUGAAGAUGCGACAAUUUGAAUUGAGCUCAUUAGAAAAUUCGAAUACGGCAACGUUUUUGUUUUUGGAAGGUAUGGAUGACCAUACGGUAAAGAGCAUUUCACCGAUAAUCCUCGAUGUACAGGCGGUUUUGGAAAGGGCAACCGAUGAACUACUUCAACAUUUGUAUCAGCUGAAACAUUCCGAAAAAUAUGCUGACGUGUUAGCGGAAAAAUUGCAGCAAAAAGUAACAGCGGUGAAAAAAAUCGAAGCUACGCGCAAUAUUUUAAAGGAGAAAAUCGAGCAAUUCAAAAACGAGAAGACUAGCAUACAACCGCUCGUUGGCAAACUGACAGAGCAAACAAAAAUACUUCAAAAUAAGAUUGCCGAAGAUAUAUCAAAACGAUACAAAAACCGUCCGGUUAAUUUAAUGGGUGGCCUGAAUUUCUUCUAACUUUUUUUUUCCAUUUUAAAUUCGGAUUUCAAAGAAAAUAUAGAAUAAAUGAGAUGGUGCGAUGAAAUAAAAAAGCGACUUUUUUACUCAAUGUUAAAUGCAUUCAUUAUGUUUAUCUUAUGUUUAUUUACAAUAUUGUUUUCUGUUAAUGUAAUGUAAUCAAAAAAAAAAAAUAAAAGAGAAACCAUUUGUUAUUCAGCUAAGGUA